UUUACAACACAAUUCUUUCAAAGCCCUAGUCAGAGCUGCAUCUUCUUCUUAGCCUCAGAAAUGGUGAAGUCAAAGAACCACACUGCCCACAACCAAUCUUACAAGGCUCACAAGAAUGGCAUCAAGAAACCCAAGAGGCACCGCCACACUUCCACCAAAGGGAUGGAUUCCAAGUUCUUGAGGAACCAGAGGUAUGCAAGGAAGCUCAACAAGAAGAGCGGUGAUUCUGCCACUAAAGAAGAGUAAAUUUUUAAUGGUAAAAGAUCUAGCUUUGAUUAGUGUUUUCUAAUUGUU